AUGGGCUGCUUCCCAUUUGUUAAAGUUGUGAUGGUUGUGUUCAACUUGCUUAUCUGUCUCGCAGGCAUGUGUUUGGCGGCUGCAGGGAUAUGGAUGACAGUGGACGGAGAUUCCUUUAUGAAAGUUUUGCCACCUUUCACUGAUGAUUUCCAGAGUCAUGUCAGUGUAGGAAUCUUCAGCAUCACUAUUGGAGCAGUUAUGACUCUGCUUGGACUGCUGGGGUGCUGUGGAGCUCAGAAAGAGAGCAAAAGCCUUCUCAUAAUGUUCUUCUCCAUCAUUCUGAUCAUUUGCAUCGCUGAGACGGCAGCCGCAAUAGUAGCCCUGGUCUACUCCUCAUACACUCAGAAUAUUCUAAGAGCAUGGGCCACAUCUGGACUGAAGGAGCAGUAUGGGAAAGAUAAAAUCCUCACAGACUUGUGGAACUCAACCAUGACAACAUUGCAGUGCUGUGGCUUCAGUAAUUACACAGACUUCUCUGAAUCCUACUACUAUAAGCAGAAUGGGGCCCUUUACCCUCCUACCUGUUGUGCAGGUCCUGAGCUCUUCCCUUGCGAAGACCACAACGCAGAUUUCAUUGGUGUGGUGGGCUGUUUUAAACAAAUUGUUCAGAUCAUCCAGAGGAACCUCAACAUUUUGGGAGGAAUUGCUGCUGGAGUCACUGCCAUUGAGAUCUACGAUGAAGCUGAGAUUGCACUGAUUUCAAGUGUUAAUCCUCUGCUCUUCUCUUAUAAGGCUCUUUAG